AUGCAGACCGUGAAAGACGCGUGUGCGCACAGGACGUCCUUCUCCGUGGAGGACAUCCUCGACCCGAGGAAAUUCACGCGCAGAAGGCCGGAUCAAGACGCUGCUUUGGAGAUGGCAGAACUUCAAACUCCAAAAGAGAACCAAGAGCCCAAGGCCUGUAUGGUCCAUGCCUCUUCAGAUGACAGCAGCAGCCCUGACGAGGAGGAGGACCAAGAUCCAAAAAACACAAAAAUAAAGACCAAGAGCCGCCGUAACCGCACUGCGUUCACGUUGGAGCAGCUUGAGAUCCUGGAGCACAGUUUUCAGAGGUGCCACUAUUUGUCAGUGCUGGACAGACACAACAUCGCCACUCACCUGCACCUAUCUGAGACACAAGUGAAGAUUUGGUUCCAAAAUAGGCGUACGAAGUGGAAGAAAGAGAGGCAGCAUGGCAAGGAGGGAGAGGACGAAUACAGUGCCUUCAUGCCAAACUCUUCCACCUUUCAUCCAUCAACAUUCUACAGCUCUGUGCCCUAUAACACACCGUACCGUCAGCAACGUACUGCAGUCCACGUGUUUGCACCCUCACCUUUGGUGACCUACUCCUAUUACUAA